UACAUUUACAUCCGGUGAAAGAUCUGUCUCGUUCUAUCUGUGCGUUUAAACUACCCAGCGUCAUAAAAAAAAACAGAAGAAGAAAAUUGACAACGUCAUUGAAAAAACAUGGCGGCGUCGUUAGUGCGUUUUGUUCGCGGAGGUUUUAGCAGGACUUUGAAUCUUGCCAAUCGAAGCCCAUGUCUCAUGCAAGUGAGAUCCGAGACUACUGAAACAAAACCCACUGUUAGACCCAAGGAUGCGGUCACCCAUAACCAACUUGCAGCUUUUGGAGAAUAUGUGGCUGAAAUGCUUCCUAAAUAUGUGCAGCAAGUUCAGGUGACGUGUUACAAUGAGUUGGAGGUGAUGAUCCAUCCUGACGGGGUCAUCCCUGUGUUGACCUUUCUGAGAGACCACAGCAACGCUCAGUUCCGAAACAUGAUUGACCUUACUGCAGUUGACAUUCCCACCCGCCAGAAUCGCUUUGAGAUUGUGUACAACCUGCUCUCCCUGCGCUACAACUCCCGGAUCCGUUUGAAGACCUACACCGACGAGCUCACCCCAGUAGACUCCUCUGUGUCUGUCCACAACGCAGCCAACUGGUACGAGAGGGAGGUGUGGGACAUGUAUGGAGUUUUCUUCGCCAACCACCCUGACCUGAGACGUAUUCUGACAGAUUAUGGGUUUGAGGGGCAUCCGUUUAGGAAGGACUUCCCACUGUCAGGAUUUGUGGAGGUGCGUUAUGAUGAUGAGGUGAAGCGCGUGGUGGCAGAGCCUGUGGAGCUCUCACAGGAGUUUCGUAAGUUUGACCUGAACAGUCCGUGGGAGGUGUUCCCAGCCCACCGUGAGGCCAAGGCACCUGAGCUGCCAGCUGGGGAUAAGCCAGCUGACAAGUAACCAUCUACCCCAGAGAUAAAAUCCCUGUAUUUAAUAUUUCCGUACUGUUGAUGGACUCGUGUCCCACUUGAGUCCACUCAAGUAUUUAUGUAAAUAAAAACAAAAGCUAAACCGUU